AUGCGCUCCCCACUCGCAUCCCUCCGCCCCCUGGCACGCACCGCCUUUGCCUCUACAUCAACAUCCACCUCUCCGGCCGCUAGCGUCGCUGCUCGCCGCUCGUUCGGCUUUGCGUCCGGACACGUUGACGACGGCUCGACCCCAGCGUUCCACGGCUCGCUUGUUCCCAUUGUUGUCGAGCAGACUGCGCGUGGCGAGCGGAGCUAUGACAUCUACUCGCGUCUCCUUCGCGAGCGUGUCAUUUUCCUUGGUGGUCCAGUUGCCGACUCCAUGAGCUCCCUCAUCACGGCCCAGCUCCUGUUCCUCGAGGCAGAGGACGCAUCACGUCCCAUCAGGCUGUACAUCAACAGCCCCGGUGGCAGUGUGACUGCCGGCCUGGCAAUCUACGACACCAUGCAGUACAUUUCCUCGCCCGUCCACACGUUCUGUCUCGGCCAGGCGGCCAGCAUGGGCUCGCUUCUGCUCGCUGGUGGAGAAAAGGGCAAGAGGUUUGCGCUUAAAAACAGCAGCGUCAUGAUCCACCAGCCCUCUGGCGGCGCGUCAGGCCAGGCGUCGGACAUCGCCCUGCACGCAAAGGAGAUUCUCAGAAUCCGUGCAGUCCUGACAGACAUUUACGCCGACCACUGCACACGUACAGACGAGGUUCACACCCAGGCGAGGGAGCGUUUCGAGAAGGCACUUGAGCGCGACUACUUUAUGACCGCCCAGGAGUCUCUGGACUUUGGUAUCAUUGACAAGAUUGUCGACCGCAGGGCAAAGGACGAGCCCGAGGGCGAGGCACCCGGUAACGACAAGGAGAAGAGCGAGACAGCUCAAUAG